GGCUUUUAUCCGGUAAAUCUACAUCAUGGAAGAACAACAAAAGGAAACUACAAAGGCUCCGGCCCCGUCCGGAACAUCAAAACCUGCGCGAAAGCCAAGGGUGAAGCGUGAUCAUCCAAGAUAUUCGGAGAUGAUCGUAGCUGCUUUGAAGGAGUUGAAACAGCCCCGUGGAGCGUCUCGACAGGCGAUUUCUGGCUACAUUGCGGACAAGUUUCCGGUACCAUCGAAUUCUAAUCGAUACGUAUCGGUUGCAUUGAAGUCUAUGUUAGCCAAGAAUUCUCUAAUUCAAACCAAGGGCAGUGGUGCUUCUGGAUCUUUCAAGAUUAACAAGGAAGUCGUAGCCGACAAAACGAAGAAGGCAGGCGGAAAGAAAAAGAAGGCAACAAAGAAACGCCGAUCACCUGCCAAAAAGAAGCGCAAGGUUACCAAGAAGCGUGGCGGCAAAAAGAAGAGAAAGAGUCCGGCGAAAAGACGAAAGCCUGCCAAGAAAGCUAAACGUAGGCCCGCGAAAAAAGCUGGAAAAAGAAAAGCAAAGAAGAAGCCAGCGAAGAGGAGGUUGUAAACAUGUCGUACUAUAUUCAAAGGCUCUUUUUAGAGCCACCCAAUAUUUUAUAAAGAGUUUUCUGAACAAAUCGGGAAUAUACGGUAUAUUUUGUGAGUGAGCUCUAACUUUUGCAAAAGUACAAAAAAAAA